UCAUUUUGUGUGGCGGAAUUGUUGUGUAUUGUUCUGCUAAAUUGAAAUUUGUUUUAAUAAUUUUGUCCUUCGUAUCAUACGUUUUCUGUAGUCUGUGUUUUGUAUGAACACAAUUCCACCUCAUUUCUUUCAUCAGUCUAACCAACAAAGACAUUUUCGAUAAUGACAGUAAUUGUUUAGGCGUAUUUAAUUUCGUUGCUCAGUAUAAAGGCCAUCUCAAUAAAAUAAGAAAUUAUUAUGUCUGACCAUAUUCAAAUAUAUUCGUAGAAGUUUCACAUCUGAAGGAAAUCGUUGGCUUUCUGAUAACCUUGUGGUAUUAAUCUUGUGUAAAUAUUGGUCACACUGAUGCGUACAGUGUAUUGAAUGGGGCAUGUGAAGUUUUUAGGAAGACGGUUUGUGAUACAAAUACCGGUGAUUGGUACAAAAUUUUUCCAAAUUGUUAUGUUGUAUGUUGUAACGUUGAUAUGAUUCGAUACUCCUACGUACUGUGGUAGUAAACAAUACAGCAUGCCAGUUAUUCUUCUUGAUAGAUUACCAUUACCAAGUUUGCAGGCAUACACCAUCAUUAGUGUCGUGUUGCUGUCAUGUUCAGUUUACUAUGCAGUACAAAUAACCAGUGAUCCAGAUUGGAAAGUGAAUUCAACCACAUCAAGAUCGAAUUUUGAGCCAAAUGAAAACGAAUCGGGUGAAAGUAUACUACCUCCAGCCAAUUUCCAUCAUAAUGAAACUGUGGGUUAUCACCUCAGUCAGUUGGUGACAUUUAUGAUUCAAGAACCACUCUGCAUAUGGACGUUGAUCAACAUGGCGUACUGCUGCCUCAUCCUGCUUGGAAAAUUCAUCCAGAAGCUUGUGUUUGGGGAACUCAGAGUAUCUGAACAGCAGCACAUCAAGGACAAGUUUUGGAACUUCGUCUUCUACAAGUUUAUCUUUGUGUUUGGAGUCAUAAAUGUACAGUACAUGGAUGAAGUAGUACUUUGGUGCUCCUGGUUCUCAGUGCUGGGAUUCCUCCACCUUCUAGCCCAGCUCUGCAAGGAUCGCUUUGAAUAUUUAUCAUUCUCACCUACCACCCCUGGAUGGAGCCACAUUCGAUUGUUGGGUCUCCUGGCCAGCAUCCUGAUGCUUUCAGGUGUCAUGUUCCUCAUCUGUGUUGCUGUUGGCUUCUUUGGAGGCCUCAAUACCUUUGCCUUCAUGGUGGCUGAGUGCAUUCAGCUGAGUGUGCAGACGCUUCAUGUGAUCCUGCGUUAUGCACUAUACCUGUACGAUAUGCGACAUGGUGAUGGGAGUGGAGGUCGAGUGUGGGAGAAGAGAGGACCUGUUGCCUACUACACAGAGCUUGUUUUUGAGUUGGCAGCACUUCUCAUUGACUUGAUCCAUCACCUGCAUAUGCUUCUAUGGAGCAACAUAUUCCUUUCUAUGGCAUCCUUAGUCAUUUGCAUGCAACUCAGAUUUCUAUGCCACGAGAUUCAGCGACGAAUCAAAAAACAUCGCAACUACCUCUGGGUGCUCAGUCACAUGGAGCAAAAUUAUCCAAUGGCUUCCGCUGAAGAACUUGCAGAAAAUUCUGAUAACUGUGCCAUAUGUUGGGAGAAGAUGGAAGCAGCCAGAAAGCUGCCAUGUACUCAUCUAUUUCACAAUUCAUGUUUGCAGUCUUGGUUGGAGCAAGACACAUCAUGUCCUACUUGUAGAAUGGUUCUGAGUAUUCAGAGUCCGGCAGGUUUGGGAGCAGCAAAUCAUCUGGAUCACAAUCUUCUGGCUGGAGAGAACCAAGUGGACAACCAAACUACAAAUCGCAGACCACCUAAUCAUUUCUUCCAUUUUGAUGGUUCUCGCUAUGUAUCAUGGCUGCCGAGCUUCUCAGUGGAAGUAACACACACACAAUUAUUGCGAUCUGAUCAACCUCAGCCAGCUCAAACCUCACAGCUGGAUGCAAUGGCUAGACAGGUACAACAGCUAUUCCCUCAUCUAGCCUUGGCAACUGUGAUAGAGGAUCUACGAGUGACUCGUUCUGUUGAACUUACAAUAGAAAAUGUACUGGAUGGCCGAGUAGUAGCACCACCUCCAAUGUUUCAGCGGGACACAGAGCCACUACUUCCAGAGCUGGAAUAUUCUCCAGGACUAGCUGACAUGCCAGUUUCACUCUGGGAUGAUCUCUCAGAACACCAUGAUCCAGACAGUAUUGAAGCCUCCGUAAAUCUUGGUGGUCGAUUCUCAAAGUCCUCAACAGAACGAGAGCGUAUCUUACAACUUCGCAAGGAACAGCUACUUUUGUCUGCUCGACGUCGGUACAUGGAGCGCCAUAAGUCAGAAGCAGCACAAAGUAUUAUAACAACUGAGCAUGACACAGUUGCAGUCCGGUAUAGACAUGCUGACAGUUGAAUGAGCAGCACAGGUAAAUGCAACACUUUAACAUGUCAGUGGUAAGAUGGCCACUCUCUCCAUCCACCAUGUUUUGUAGACGGCUGCUGGUGUUGAAUGUAGCUAACAAGUUUCAAUAACAAGUGGCUAGUAUUUUAUGUCAGUAUGAUUAUGCAUAUGUCUAUAGAAAAGAGACCAUUCUCUUAUGAAAUCUGAAGCGAAGAACCAGUUUUAACCUUAAAAUUAUGUCAGCAUAAUUAUGCAUAUGUCUGUAGAAAAGAGGCAGUUCUCUUUUGAAAUCUGAAGCGAAGAAUCAAUUUUAACCUUAAAAUAAGUUGGUGGAUAUGAAAUAUUUCAAGAAGAAAAUAUUUUCAUUUUUGUUAAAUGUCCACUUACCACCAGCAUUAAUAUGGCACAUCAAUUAUUUUAAUGUGAGAAAGAUAAACUUGGCUUUAUUUCUGUAUUAAUAAUUGCUGAAUUUGCUGUAGUUUUGCCUGUGAUGUGUUUAUAGUUUGAUUUUAUGUUUAGUGUUAAAGUAAGUCUAUGAAGGGUAUCUCUCCAUUUGCUGAUCACUGGUUGUAUGCCUGCUCCCCAGAUCAUGAUGUUAUGUUGUACUAUAAUUAAUGCUGGGACAUAGAACUUGCAAGACAGUGUGGUCUUCCUGAAUGAACAGAGAGAUAAUGUAUAGCUUGAACAUAGCACAAGUGCAACUUAUGCAUAUGUUUAGCAUGUGAAUCAUAAUACCUGCCAGAUAAGCAUCACAGUGUUAUGUUCCAACUACAGCUUUUUAUGUCUGUAGUAGGAAAUAACAAAUUCGUCAUAUUUCACUAGCCAGAAAUAAAUACUAAUAUUACAUACCAGCUUUGGCAGAGAAUAAUCCCCAGAACUUUAUGUAAAUAUGUAUAGAACUUAACAGAGAAUAUUAGUUAAACAUAUUUGCUUAGUUAUGAUUAUCUUUAAAUAAGACUGAAUGCUGUCUGCAGUAAAUUAAAUACAAUGCUGCCUCCUCUGUUGUAAGAUACAUGCUAGAAAAUAGAUGAGUAAAUUUAAAAUGAUUUUUUUAGGAAACAUUAUGUGACAUAAUAUAGAUUGGUAUCAGAAUUCUGUUGUGUUUUCAGAAAAAUGAAAGUAGUAUUUCAUAUUUCAAAUUUGGAUAUUGCUUCUUAACAAUGCCAGAUCUCAAAACACACAGAAAUAUAGGAAGUUUAAAUUUUGCACCAUUUUCACAGUGGAAUACUAACCAUUCUGAAUUUUGUCUGGUUUAAAUCCAAGGUGCAUUACAUUGGCAUUUUUGUCACCAGCCUUAUAUAGCAGAUCUCUCGUCAGACCACAGAUAUAGUAUUGUAGAUAUAUAUUACUAAGUAUUAUAUGAGCAUCAAAGUUUGACCCCCCCCACCAACCAUAGAGAAUGUGGGGGUCUGUUGUGGUAGUUGCUGUUACCUGGCUUUAAAGCAUUGCUUCGCAUACUGCUCUUCUCACAUAUCACUUUGGCAGGCGGUAUCUGUUAUCAUCAUAAAUUUCUACUGAGACAUUUCACAUUCUAAUUGGUCUGGAGGGAUGAUUUAAGCAGCAAUAGAUUCCUGAAUGCAUGGAGAUAAUGAACAUAAUAAAAAAUGUUUUCCAAGUGGUUGUAGUUCAGGUGCAAAUCUUCCUGCAGUGGAAAUGUGGAAGCUCCAAAGAGUCUUCAUACCAAAUUUAACUUCUGUACAGUGUGUAGUUAUGAGGAAUGUUGAAUUGUCUGUGAACAAAAUGUUGACAUAAAGUAAGUAGUUUGGUCAACCAGACACACUUUUUAGGGCGCUUCAAGAUGUAAUCAAAUAUUGAAAUUAUGUGCGCACAUCAAGGCCAUGAGUUCACAACAAGAACAAUUGAAAACCUCAAGGAAGUGAAAAUCCUUGAGCCCCACCCACACACACACAAAAUUACUAAGCACCUUAACGCUCUUAGAUUGCAGAAAGAGUGGUGGGUGAGAGAGAUUGUUCUCAAGAUGUCAUUCCACAAAUAUCACACAAAUUGUUAUAUUUCCAGUAUUAGUUACAGGUGCCUGAAAAUAAGGGACUAGUAUUUAGUCAGUAACUGAAACAUGCUAUCUAAUUAUUACAUAAGAAAUAAGGCUUUAAACAUGGUUAUCAAUUAUUUAUUCAAGUAUAAAUUUCAGUGUAACAAUCUACGAAGUGCAGCCAUAAGCAGCUACGAAGUUCUGUGAGAAAUGAUUAAUGUGCUUGAGUUAGAACACACCUGAGCAUGAGUGUAUCUUCUGCCACUUCAAGUAAGAGCACAUAUGAUAGAGUUUAGUCAAGUCCAUAUAAGAGCUUAAAAAGCUUCAUGGAAGUACAUUCCCACCACAGAAAUUGGACUCAUGCUUAAGAAAUGCCCCUCAAACGGCCACUUCUUUCUUGUGGUGAAAAGUGUACCAUAUGUAUAGAAAUUCACAUUGGUGUUCAUUGCUUUUUCUUAAUUCUAGUGAAUAUUUCAGAGACAGAAUGGAACUAGUAUACUUCUCUCUUCUUGAGAUAAAUUUUUUUUUUCAGGUUUUAAAGCACUGAGAUAAGAUAAAUUCUUUAUAAUUAAGAUAUAAGGUACAUUCUUUGUUGUUAUUGUGAGUGCGAAGAAAUUGAAUUUUAUACUAUUAUAAUAUGAAGAUUGAACAGUCCAAAGUAGAAACUGCAUUUAAUAAAGGUGCCAUAAAACUUGGA